GAUGAUAAAAUAUGUUUUAUGGGGAUGUCUAUUAUUAGCAUGUAUAUCAGUAGAGGAUGGUCGUUAUUUUGAAUAUAUGGAAGUAAUUAUUGAUAAAAAUUGGAAUAAUAGAUUGAUAGAGAUGAAUUUGGAAAAACUUUGAUUGAUACAUUGGAAAUUAAUAUAUCAGGUGGACAAUCAUUAGAAAAAGUAGUUGAUUUAAUGCGUGAUUUGGAAGGCUAAAUAGACAAUGAAUAAAAGGAUGAUGAUAUUUCUAAUCAAUAAUUUUAAAAGAAAUGUGAUGAAGUAAGUAUAUAUUAGAUUUAAAUAUAGGAUUUAACUAAUUAAGAGAAUGAGAUUAAUUAAACAUAAUUAGCAAUUGUUGAGAAAUAAGGCAAGUUGGAUGAAUUGAAGAAUGCUUAAUAAAGAAAGAAAUAAAUAGCUAAUGCAAAAGAUUAAUGGUUGAAAUAAAUAUAAGAAUUAAUAUCUUAAAAAUAAACAAUAAGAAAUUAAGAAUAAGAUAGGUAUGAGUAAGAGAUGAAUGAAAAUUCAUAUGUUAUUUCUGUGAUUUCUGAAGUUAAAAAGAAAUUUACUUUAAAUGGAAUAAAUUUAAUAUAAAUUAACAAUCAUGAGGCAUUGAUGGAUGAUUUAGAAAAUGCAGUAGAUCAAAGCAAAAAUUUCAUAUAGAAUACUAGAUAUUAAGAAGUUUUUGGAUUGUUUGUUUAAGUUGCAGCAAAAGUGAAAAAUGAAGGUGCAGAUAAAUUAAAAUCUUUAUGUGAUGAAUUAUUAAUCAAUGUAUCUGAUAAUAUGUCAUUAAUAAGAAAGUAAGAAGAUAAAAGGAAAGAUAUAUUUGAAAAAGAGAUAUCAUCUUUAUAAAAAGAUUAACAAUUAGUGUAAAGUGAUAAAUCUAUGAUUGAUGCAGGAUUAGAAUAAUUAGAUAAUUAGAUAUCUAUGGGAUAAAAUGAUUUAACAGAUUAUAAUGCAAGAAUUGAAAGCAAAAAAUAAACAAAAGAAGAUAGGAGAAAAGAAUGUUCUUAGGCUGCUUAUGAAUACAAAUAAAGCAGAGAAUAAAAUGAUAGAAAAAGACAAUUAGUUUCUUAAGUUAUAGGAUUAUUUAGUGCAAAUUAGAGAGAAUUUAAAGAAUAUUUAAGUAUAAGAAAUAAUUGAG